AUGUCGGACUCUGUAGAUCGAGUCUUUGUUCAUGCCCUCAAUACCGUAAAGAGGGUUCCCCGGACCGGUACUGCGCGACCUCCCGCUGCCGAGCGGUUAGCACUAUAUGGCUUGUAUAAGCAGAGUAUGGAGGGGGAUGUGGAGGGAGUAAUGGAUCGACCGAUUGGGAAUACAUCGGAGGUGCACGCGGAGUGCGAGAAAUGGGAUGCAUGGUACGCGCAGCGCAAAAUGUCGCGCACCGAAGCCAAACGACGAUACAUCUCGACUCUAAUCGACACGAUGCACGAAUAUGCCUCCCAAACCCCCGAAGCACGCGAGCUAGUCUCAGAACUUGAGUUCGUCUGGGACCAGAUUAAGUUCAACGGCUCCUCGUCGUCCGAUUACAGUCCACUGGAUACAGUCGGCGUCCCGCCCUUAUCGCACAGUGCGUGCGGAAGCAUCGGGGGUCGAUUGACGGCGCAAUCGGAGAAGGAUGAUCGUCCCGAUCGCCGAGAUAGGGAUUCACGGUUACGGGUUCUCAGUCCAGUAAGUCAACCGGAGGAGGAAGCAUAUUAUCGACGGCGGAGGGGGUCUAUAGAAAACGACGAGGAUGCGCGCCAUAAUGAGGAUGAGGAUGAAGAUGACGAGGAGUUUGAAGAGGCUCGUGAUAGCUUAUACGAAGAACGAGAUCAAGACGACUCCGAUGACCCGGACCAUGCUAGCUCCAACUCCAACACCCAUACACAUACCGCCGUAUCUUCACACCACCGUCCCGAACAUCGACGCAAUCCUGCAUCUGGUAAAAGUAUAGACGGCAGUGGGAACAGUCUCCCCCCUCGUCGAGAUUCCCACCCCCAUCCCCAGUCCGAGCCAGUGAAAGAUAGUCGUUGGCGCCGUCGUGUCGAGCAGGCCUUGACGAAAAUGACGGCGGAGAUCGCUGCUGUGCGCGAGCAGAUGGAGGCUCGAUCUGUUGCACGGCGUCGUCGGUCUGGUCUGUUUGCGUGGCUGCAGUGGUUAGUCUGGGUUUCUGCCCGACAGAUCUUAUUUGAUAUUGCUAUAUUGGGUAUGUUGCUUGUGUGGAUGCGUUUGAGGGGAGAUCGUCGGGUUGAGCAGCGGCUUCAGACUGGUUGGGCAGCUGUUAAGGCGAAACUCACCCUCUUUAAGCGGCUGAAGACGGUGGAUAUGCCUAUCUUGCCAUAA